GCGAAAUGGCAUUUUCAACGCAAAAAGAAUUUUUCCAUGUCCCCUUUAUGAACGAGACGGUCGACUAUGAGUGCCGCAAGGCUUGUGUCAAGUUGAAGACCUAUCAGUCGACCAUCGAUCAUCGCUCAUGGGCCAUGGACGAGUCGUUGCAAUCGAGAUUCCUUUCAGAUUUGAUCAACUGUCAAUCGCCGGUUGGAGGCUUUGGAGAUGGAGAUGUCGAAGAUGACUAUGAUAAUGCCUACGAUAGAGAUGGAACGGGUGUAGCUGGACGAGUUCAAGGUCGGGGACUAGACGCUGGGCGUGGUGGUCGGCCUAAACAAGGCACCGAAAGCGGUUAUGUUGGUCAACCGGGUAUGAGCGGUGAUGAGGGAGCUGGUCCUAGUGGUCGCGGACGAAUGGGCGGCACUGGAGGAGGGGGUCCAGGAAAAGGUGGUUCCGGAGGUGGAGGACCAAGCGGUGGACCAGGAAGUCUCAUUAGCGCUGAUAGCGUACUUGCUUGCGCCAACGAACAAAUGGGAAGAAUGCAGGAAUUGUUGCUACACAAAAAGAAUCUCGAAAAACAAUUGGAGGUAUCGAACGAGCGUUUAAAAGUAUCUAAUAUGGAGAAUGAUAAGAUCAAAGCCAUUAUGAAUAAAAAAUUCGAUGGCAAUAAUUCGAAAGAUUUCUACAACAAAAUACAGAAACUCACCUCUAGUGGUAAAAUCAGUAAGGGUGAAGAAAAUGAACUCUUACAGAUUUACAAUAAAUUCGAAGAUAUGAGCAAAGCCUAUGAAAUAUUACAAGCCGAAAAUGCAUAUCUAAAGCGACUGAUGGAGAAACUGUCGUUGCGCGCAUCCUUCGAAACACUCAAAGUUGAACCGGAAAAAAGCGCCGAUAUUGGAUUCCUACAGAACGAGGUGAACAAGUUGCGUAAGGAAGUAUCCAUACUACGUAAAUUUGAAGAUGACAAACUGAGGGGCACCAUGGAUAAUCGGAAUAAAAUGUCCGAUCAGGAUGCUGAGACACUCAAGGCGAUUAUUAAAGAGCGCAAUUCUCUUCGUGAGAAAUGCAAAACUUUCAAAGAUCUUGAGGCUAAGGUGUACGAACUGCAGAAGAUAGCAAAGGAGGCCGACAAAAUGUCUGACAGUCUAUCAAGCGAUUUGGAUAGUCAAUCCAAACAUAUAAAUAAAAUGGAGCAUGAGAUGAAACAGAUGCAAGACUACUACGAAGAUCAAAUUGCCAAACAUAAGUUUAAUGAGGACAUACUGAGGUGUCAACUCGACGAAAUGAAGGAAGAUCUCAUUCGUGCCCGUUGCAGCGCACAAAAAGCCGAAUGCCUGCAAAUGGAGAUCGGCAGUUUGCGUAACGAGCUAAUGCGUCGUGAGCUGGCUCUGAACGAUUACAACUGUCAGUACAACCAAUUAAUGAGUGUCAUUGAAGAGCUCCAGAAUAACGCCAUACAAAACCUGCACGACACCCAAACUCAAACCUGCUCCGAUUAUAUGGACGAUCUGACGUUCUUUGCGCGCGCUACAUUGAAUGAAAUCAAAAAGGAGAUAAAGAAACGUGGCGGCGAUGGCGACAAAAUCGGUGGUCCAGCCAUUACCGAUGGUCUCAGUGCGGAUGAGUGUUGUGCGGAAUUACAGCGAAUGCACGAGAUGGUCAAACACUUAACAAAACAAAAUGAAUAUUUGGAGGAGAAAUGUAGGAAAGCCCAGGAUGAUAUAUCUUAUUUGAAGAAAGAUAAGGAUGCCCUGAAUGUGCAUGCUAUGGACAGACUUAAUGAGUUUUCUAAUCGUGUGGAUAAAAUGGGCACGGAUGUGGGUAAAACUGCGUUGGAUACCGCUUAUAUGGAUAAGGACUUGAAGGAAUCUAUGAAAUUGGUGAAGGAGAUAAGCGACAUACAGUUGAAGAAUGUGCAAUUGACGAAUGCAGUAAAUGCGCUUAAUACACGCGACGAUCAAAGCAUUAUAGAUGAUUUACGACGGCAAUUACUCGAGGAACAAGCCAAGAAUCAGAAAUGUCAGGAAGAAAAUAAAAAACUGCGAGAACUGCUUGAAAAACGUGGCAUUGAUCCAAAUCUUGCUACUAAAGACAUCAUGAAAGAUGCGACGGAUGUACAGAGAGGUGUCCCAGCUGCGGGAAAAACUCCUACCCCUGAAGCUACUCAACCUGUACCAACCUCAGCGGUUGGCGAGCCAGCUGCUGCUAAAAUGGGUGGACCUAUUGCUGGUGCACCUGCUGCUGGUGGUCCCGCUGCUGGUGGACCUGCUCCUGUUGGUGGACCUACUGUUGCUGGUCCUGCUUCCGGUGGACCUGCUGCUGGUGGUCCCGCUGCUGGUGGUCCUGCUGCUGGUGGACCUGCUGCUGGUGGUCCUGCUGCUGGUGGACCUGCUGCUGGUGGACCUGCUGCUGGUGGUCCUGCUGCUGCUGCUGGCGGUCCUGCUGCUGGCGGUGGUCCUGCUGCUGGCGGUCCUGCUGCUGCUGGUGGUCCCGCUGCUGGUGGACCUGCUGCUGCUGGUGGUCCCGCCGCUUCUGCUCCUGCUGCAGGUGGUCCUGCUGCUGGUGGACCUGCUGCUCGUGGUCCCGCUGCUGGUGGUCCUCCUGCUGCUGGUGGUCCUGCUGCUGCUGCUGGCGGUCCUGCUGCUGGCGGUGGUCCUGCUGCUGGCGGUCCUGCUGCUGCUGGUGGUCCCGCUGCUGGUGGACCUGCUGCUGCUGGUGGUCCCGCUGCUACUGCUCCUGCUGCAGGUGGUCCCGCUGCUGGUGGACCUGCUGGUGCACCUGCUGCUGGUGGACCUACUGCUGCUGGUCCUGCUGCUGCUGGUCCUGCUGCUGCUGGUGGUCCCGCUGCUACUGCUCCUGCUGCCGGUGGUCCUGCCGCUGGUGGUCCUGCUGCUGGUGGACCUGCUGCCGGUGGUCCUGCCGCUGGUGGACCUACUGUUGCUGGUCCUGCUUCCGGUGGACCUGCUGCUGGUGGUCCCGCUGCUGGUGCACCUGCUGCUGGUGGACCUACUGCUGCUGGUCCUGCUGCUGCUGGUGGUCCCGCUGCUACUGCUCCUGCUGCUGGUGGUCCCGCUGCUGGUGCACCUGCUGCUGGUGGACCUACUGCUGCUGGUGGACCUACUGCUGCUGGUCCUGCUGCUGCUGGUGGUCCCGCUGCUACUGCUCCUGCUGCUGGUGGACCUGCUGCCGGCGGUGCUGCCGCUGGUGGUCCUGCUGCUGGUGGGCCUGCUGCCGGUGGUCCUGCCGCUGGUGGUCCUGCUGCUGCUGGUGGUCCCGCUGCUGGUGGUCCUGCUGCUCGGGGUCCUGCUGCUGGUGGUCCUGCUGCUGGUGGUCCUGCCGCUGGUGGUCCUGCUGCUGGUGGUCCUGCUGCUGGUGGUCCCGCUGCUACUGCUCCUGCAGCAGGUGGUCCUGCUGCUGGUGGUCCUGCUGCUGCUACUGCUCCUGCUACAGGUGGUCCCGCUGCUGGUGGUCCUGCUGCUGGUGGACCUGCUGCUGCUGGUGGACCUACCGCUGGUGGUCCUGCUGCUGGUGGACCUGCUACUGGUGGUGGUCCUGCUGCUACUGCUGGUCCUGCUGCUGCUGCUGGUCCUGCUGCUGGUGGACCUGCUGCUGGUGGUGGUCCUGUUGCUACUGCUGGUCCUGCUGCUGCUGCUGGUCCUGCUGCUGGUGGUGGUCCUGCUGCUACUGCUGGUCCUGCUGCUGCUGCUGGUCCUGCUGCUGCUGCUGGUCCCGCUGCUACUGCUCCUGCUGCUGGUGGUCCCGCUGCUGGUGGACCUGCUGCUCGUGGUCCCGCUCCUGGUGGUCCUGCUGCUCGUGGUCCCGCUGCUGGUGGACCUGCUGCUCGCGGUCCUGUUGCAGGCGCUCCUGGUGCAGGUGGUCCCGGUCGUGCUACGGGUGACGUUGGCAGACCUGAUGUUGGUCAAGUAGGUGGGCCUGGAGGUGCUGGACUAGUAGGCGGCCCUGGAGAACCGGAUCGCGGAGGACCAGGCACAGGAGCCAUUGGCGGUGCAGGUCCUGUUGGCGAUGGCUCUGCAGUUGGUGACGGAGAAAGUGGUGGUGGAAUUGGCAUUAAACCUGGAAAAGGAGAAGGUGUAGAUGGCGGGGUUCCUGGUAGAGGUCCUACUGGCCGAGGUGCACCGACUUCUGGUGGUGGCAAAGGCCGAAGAGGAAAAGGUGCAGCUGCAGCAGCAGAUUCAGAUGCAUUCCAACAAUUUAUCGACACCAAUGCCAACACAAUGAUAUCGAAUAUUAGAGCGGGAAGUGCACUGGAAAAGGAAUUACGUGCGAUUCUGAAUUCCUUCAUGAUGGAAUGCGGUUUCUGCUUUUGCAAAAGUCUAGUACCAAAAAGUAAAUUCUACGCACUUUGCCACAAGCUUCUGCACAACGGCAUUCAGUGCAUGUCCUUCCGCGAGUUGGCGUAUAUGCAUAGAAAAAUAUUUAUGGCCGCCGACAAGUUGCAUCCAGGUUGUCUAUUAAAUAUGAUACUAACUGAGCUGGGCUUCAAGGACGGUGAAGGUCUCAAGUGUUGUCAUUGUAAAAACGCUCUCUGCUGCAGCAACUCGGAGGAAAUGCUUAAAGAAAAAGUGAGCAAAUUGGAACGUGAUAUUGAAAUGGCAAAGGAGUAUUUGGACAGUUUGAAAGCGCAACCAAAAACACCCAAGAAUCAAUACACCUCAACCGGAAAGACAUAUCGACACAUGGACGAUAGCUAUUCUGAAUCCGUAGAGGAGCUUUUAACAUGUCGAGAAACAAGACCUACUUUGUCCAGAACUCACAGCAAACAAAUGAAAACUCUUAAGGCGCGCAUAAUGAAGUGCUCCGAAAUGCUGCGAUGAUUGUUUUACGUAACGACGUUAUGAUAAAUCAACGCGUUGUGUACGUGGGCAUGUUUUGGGAAAUCCCAAACAAACUUUGCUGCAUUGAUAUCUAUUUUUAGUUUAUUUUUAUAUUUAUCGCACCGAUAACGGUUUCAAUUAGUUUUUUUUCGCAUUUUGUGGCAUGUUGGCACAACUCAUACUUGUACCACAAUCGAUGUUACAUCUGAACAUGAAAAUAUUUGUUCGAAAUGGACCAAGUUUCGUUUAAAGAAUUUUAUUUUUCCACCAAAUCCUUACCAAUUCCUUGGAGAAUGAAUAGAAAUUUUUUAAACAAAGUUUGCCUAUAAUGAACUUUAUCAAUGAAUGAUUGCCACAUCCACACAUAUGUGUAUAUAGUUUAGAAUAUUUCCGAAUAAAUAAUUUAAAAAAAAUUAAA